AUGCCCUACAUUAAGUCCAUAUCUUUGGGUACAAUCAAUAGCGUUACUGACACACUGUGCUAUGGUUUAGAUGAAUGUGAUAAAGUAACUGGGUGCUAUCGUAACCUGAAGGAAAUGUUAAUUAAACUUGCAGAUUUUUAUCUCUCAGGUUGUACUGGGCAUUGCAUCACAUGGUUUGAGGAACCAUACACAUUUUCUGUAGCUGUAGGAGGGGAUGGAGCACCAUUCGGCAAGGAUGAUACGGCAUGUGCUUGGUUAAUCAGUCUGUUAAAUAUUGGUAGAGGUGUGUUAAAUAUAGUAACGAGAACUACCUGCUUUUCGGGGCAAAUUGUAGCGAGAGCUGUAUUGUUGUCCAGAGAUUUAUUAAAACGCUCUUGGCUGAUACUCGGGAUAUUGAAAAAAGUGUAAUGACAUGUUCUCCGCAAUGGCCAACAAGUGAAUGUUAAAUUUUCUUUCACUGAACUCCCCAAUGAUAUGAAAAUGUUAGCGUUUCUCAGCGGGGAGUUGAGCAAUAGUGCCAAAUAUUUCUCAUCUUUUGCCAACGUUUCAAGUGAUGAUGCAAAAAACACCCAAGCCACCCUUGGCAGAGGCAUUGAAAACACUUGGAAACCUUGGAUGUAUAGUGCCAGGUUGAAGGUUGUAAAUGAAGUCGAAAAGCUAAAGGCAAAGCUGUCGAAACAGCCUUUGUCAGAUUCCACUAAGAGAUCAAAGAUGACAUCUUUUAUUGCUCAAAAAAAGAGCAGACAAGAAUUUGAACCUUCCUUAGGUACUGUAAUAUUAUUGACAAGGCUCAUGUCGAGCCAUUACAUUUAAAGAAUAAUGCAUGUGCUCUUGCACAUAGAUACCUUUUGCUAGAAGUUUUUGAGAUUUCCAAUUUACCUGAUUCCAUUAAACUGUUUUCUCAAGUCCCAAGUAACUCCUCUAUAGCAAGGUAUAUAAGUGAGAUGAAGACCAAAUGUGGCCUUUCACGUCUUGCAAAGAGAAUUGUAAGAUGGUUUAAUUAACGAGACGAAAGUGGCUGGUAAAGCUUUCGAUUAUCGAUUCACAGGCAAGGAUUCGAGGGGAUUUUUACAUAAUAUUAUGUACUUAAUUGCUGCAAUGGAACCUUUUUAAAAACAUGGUUCUAGACAAGAAUUUACUUUACAUGUUUUGUCUUAUCUUUGUCUGAUGUUGCGUAAAUGUGUUACUCUCUUUAACCGCAUUCAGAUUAAAGAUAAAGAUCUUGUUGAUCUUCAACAUGCUUAUAAAGUUUACUUCACGCUCAACUGUUUCUUUUUUGCUCAUCAUCCCACUGCUUGGACUUUAGGUCUUGUUGUCCCAGUUCAUGCAAAGGAGAUGGAAGUCAGGUAUGGCAUGGGGCUCGCCUUGAACUCCAUGGAAGGUCGUGAAGCCAAACACAUUUCAAUUGCAAGAUAUUGUACCGACACUAUCCUCCUGCGCAGGCAUCUCUUAAUCGUCGAGAACUUAUAUAAUUUAGUUAUUCAAAUAACUGAUGUUCUUAUUGGGUUACCAACACCAACUACCAGUCAAGGUGGGAACAG